CGACAACAACUGGUUCCACAUGGGCUACAGGAGGUAGUGGCAUAAAUUGAGUAACGCGUAUGGUUUUAUUAUUUUAGUGUGAUUUUUUUUUGUGACAACAACAAUAAGAGUUAGUAUGGGCAAGAAGAAAGCAGGAGGAGGCAGCGCCGGGCUCGGCAGGGCUCUGAUAAAGGAGAGACUCCAAGCUGGCCGAGGAAACAGGAGGGGCGACUCCUGGCUCCACACCAGUGAGCUGAAUGAUGGCUACGACUGGGGACGGCUGAACCUGCAGUCAGUAACAGAGCAGAGUUCAAUGGACGACUUUCUGGCCACUGCUGAAUUGGCAGGGACAGAGUUUGUUGCUGAAAAACUCAACAUUAAGUUUGUGCCAGCGGAAGCUCGAGCGGGCUUACUCACAGAUGAAGAGAGAGCGAGGCUGAAGAAGCUGCACGAAGACAACAAGCACUUCCUCAGAAUUCCACGACGGCCCCAUUGGGAUGAAAGCACCAGCCCAGAGGCUCUUCAGCAGGCAGAGAGAGACAGCUUCUUGGAAUGGAGACGAACCCUUGCACAGUUGGAAGAGGAACAGAAGUUAAUGCUCACCCCAUUUGAGAGGAACCUGGAUUUCUGGCGGCAGCUGUGGAGGGUAAUCGAGAGAAGUGACGUUGUGGUUCAGAUUGUUGAUGCAAGAAACCCUCUGCUGUUCCGUUGCCCUGACCUGGAGCUGUAUGUAAAGGAGGUGUCGCGGGACAAGGUGAACAUGCUGCUGGUGAACAAGGCUGACCUGCUGACCAGGGAGCAGAGGAGAGCCUGGGCCCGUCACUUCCAGAGAGAGGGGCUGAGGGCAGUUUUCUGGUCCGCCCUGGCUGAGAGCAACAGACUGGAUGCAGAGGACAGGGGCAUAGAAACAGAAGAGCCAGAGGAUGGAGAGAGUGACCCAGAAGACGAGGGAAAACUGAACGAUGAAGAAAUGAGUGACAGACAGGCUUCUGUAGAGGAGGAGCAGGAGGAAGAGAGUGGUGUCGAGGAAGAACAGCAAGAAGAGAUAACCGUCGAGGAGGAGGACUGGCAGACCUGCUCAGAAGAUGAUGAGGAGGAGGAAGAGGAAAAGGCUGCAGCUUCACCACAUGGAUCCUCUUUCCACAACUCCAGCCGCCUGCUGCACAAGGACGAGUUGCUGGCCAUGUUUAAAGCUGCUCACAGUGGACCCAGGUGUAAAGAAGGACAGCUGACAGUGGGGCUGGUCGGGUAUCCUAAUGUGGGAAAGAGUUCCACCAUCAACACCAUCUUUAGAAACAAGAAGGUGUCUGUUUCAGCCACUCCAGGACACACCAAACACUUUCAGACGCUGUACGUGGAGCCAGGCCUGUGUCUGUGCGACUGCCCAGGUCUGGUCAUGCCCUCCUUCGUGUCGACCAAAGCUGAGAUGAUCUGCUGCGGGAUCCUGCCCAUCGAUCAGAUGAGAGACCAUGUACCUGCUGUUUCUCUCGUCUGUCAGACCAUACCUCGACACGUGUUAGAAGGCACCUAUGGCAUCAACAUCAUCCGGCCACGCGAGGACGAAGACCCCGAUAGGCCUCCCACCUCUGAGGAGCUGCUGAUGGCUUAUGGAUAUAUGAGAGGCUUUAUGACUUCUCACGGGCAGCCUGACCAGUCCAGAUCAGCCCGCUACAUCCUGAAGGAUUAUGUCAAGGGCAAGCUUCUAUAUUGCCACCCUCCUCCCCAUAUUGAUGCAGCAGACUUCCAGCCGCAGCACAGCAAGUUUCAGCCAGAAGACCCAGACACCUGUGACCCCAGCCAGUCAACCAGCAAACAGCACAAAGUCAGGAGAAUUGAAAACCUGGUGGACAAGAACUUCUUCCAUCAGGAGAACGUGCGGGCGCUCACCAAGGGGGUCCAGUCUGUGAUGGGCUACAAGCCAGGCAGCGGGCCAGUAGGCCCAGGCAAAGCUGUGUCCGAGAUGCCGGUGGGCAAGCCUUGGAAGAAACACGGCAACAGGAACAAGAAGGAGAAAGUGCGCCGGCUCAACAAGCAUCUGGACGCCUGAUGAUGAUUCACGGACUUUUAUUUUUAUUUCACAUUGCUGAUCAUUUCAGAAGGAAUGGAAAAACUCUAAAGGAUAGUUCACAGGUGAUUCCAAAGGAAUUGAUGCUGACCUGCAUCUGUAAGUAGAUGCAAGUCCUUUAUCAUGUGAGUGAGAAAAUGAAGUACAUUAUCUGUAAUGUACCCUCAUUGAAGAUCACCGUAGUGCAAUGCAUUCCAUCGGCUGGAUCAUCAGAGUACAGCAAAUCUCACUAAAGUGGCCCUCAUUGUGAAGUGGACUGGACAUUCAGAGGAUGUGAAUUUUAUGAAUAGAAAAUAAAAUGCAAAUUUUCUGUAUGAAUGUUGAAACUGCUUUCAGAAAUGUACAACAUAAAGUUUAAUACACAGAUGUAUUGGGCAUGGGACACUGCCUUCACCCGGAUACAGUUAUGACUUGUAACUGAGCCAGGUGAUACAAUAAAAUCUAUUAAUGAUGUA